CCUUACAUCUCUUUUUUACACCAUCACCCAAAACACACAUAUAAAAACACUCCUUACUUAACUCCCACUUUUUUCACUUCCAAUUCUAUACACUACUAUAUAUUUAUAUUUAUAUAUAUAUAUAUAUAUAUAUAUACGUAAAUGGAACUUUCCGAUGCUUCUUCGUCUUCCCAUCGUUCCACUCUUUCUGACGACGAGCUUCUUCUGGCGUCGCGAUACCCGAAGAAGCGAGCGGGGAGAAAGAAGUUUAAAGAAACUCGUCAUCCUAUCUACCGUGGUGUGCGACUGAGGAAUUCAGGAAAGUGGGUUUGUGAAGUUAGAGAGCCUAAUAAGAAGACUAGGAUUUGGCUUGGAACUUUCCCCACCGCUGAGAUGGCUGCUCGAGCUCAUGAUGUUGCUGCCAUCGCUCUUAGGGGAAGAUCUGCUUGUCUUAAUUUUGCUGACUCUGCUUCCACGCUUCACAUUCCGGCUAGUGUUGAUCCUAAGGAUAUUCAGAGGGCUGCGGCGGAGGCUGCGGAGGCAUUCCGGCCGCCGGAUGAUCAUGAGUACUUGAGGCCGGCGGUGGUGGAAGAAGGGUUUUAUUUGGAUGAGGAAGUGGAGUUUGGGAUGCCCGGGUUGUUGACGGAUAUGGCGGAGGCAAUGCUGUUGCCGCCGCCCAAUUGUGUGGGGAAUUACGACAACGACCACUUUGGGGCUAAUUCUAUGGAUUUUGAUGCCGACAUGUCGUUGUGGAGUUACUCCAUUUGAUGAUCAUACACGUCUAUUUAAUUGACGUGUAACUUAGGAGUAAUCUGGGGGGUUUUCCCCCAUCAUCUUUCUUGGUGUCAAACUGCCAAAGCCAAAGUGCUUAAGGAAGAACAAAAAAGAUUAAUAAUUAUUAUCUCUUAAAUUAAAAAUUAAAACAAAAUAAAUAAAUAAAUAAAUACAUAUAAAGUUUCUGUCUGUAAAUUUGUUAAUAAGAGAGUUUUUUUUUUCUCUCUCUUUUUCUUUUCUUUCAUUUCCUUUUUGCUAUAACUGUUGAAAGAAAAGAGCAAAACAAAACCACUCAAGUAAAACACAUAAUUGCCCUUUUAUUGCCCUUUUACGGUUAACAUAGGAGAAAAACCAUGGAUAUCCCUUCUUUGUUGGUUGGAUCAUGUUACUAUAUAAAGUGAAGAUUCAUAAGGUUCGAAACCAAUCUCAACCAAGAAGGAAUAAAUGCCAGUUUUGAUGACAUUGGACUCUUUUGCAAGUAAUUAAGAGUCCAUUAGUUUACCCAAAAAGAAUGAAUAGCAGUUUCGAUGGCGUUGGAGAUUAUUUAGUGAGUAAUCAAGAGUCCAUUAGAUUGAGUAAUCUUAUUCCCCAAAGUGUGUCAAAAUUUGUACUUGGCAGGGAGAAGUUUUGUUCUCACCUAGUAUCUGUAUUUUGUACCUAAUAAUUUAUAUAUUCUAUAUAUUAUCCUAA